CAUUUCGGAUGCUUCUAUUUUACCUCUUUCCCGGGUUCCUCCGCUCUCAGCUGUGGUGCCAGUAGCUGUGGCCCACUGGUCAGACGCUUCACCUGGACCCCUGUUGGUUGCUCUUUUCCCUCUUUCAGCAGCGCCGGUACUCAUCUAGCCCUUCCGGUGGGAGCCCACUGUCCCUCCCCCAACUUCUUUUCGCGCCGGUGUCCGGUGUCCUCUUAUGGGACAUGGAACCGGAGGAAAGGAGAAGGGUCUCGGAGAGCCUGAGUUCCAAUCAACAGACGAUGAAAGAAACCGGGACACCCGAGUCCCCAGCCUGCAAUGACAGCUGCAGCGAUCCUGGACACGCAGGGCUCAGGAAAGAGGGGAUGCUGAUGGGAGAACUGGAGGCACUGGUCCAGGAGGUGGUGAAGAAGAGUAGUUGGUGGGAGCGGCACGGCCUGGAUUGGUUCAUCCUUGUUCUGAACUUCCUCGCUCUGCCCUUAGGAUUCCUGUGUCUUCGAUCCCAAAGUACCCUGAUCUUUGCCUUAGGAAUCAUCAUCCUGGGAGUGGUCCAUCACACAUUUACAGUCAAGGGUAGCCAUCUGGCCAGCCAUGGUGCCCUCAGCAACUCCAAACACUGGAGCAGAUUUUGGGUGCUCUUCUUUGUGGAAGUGUGCACUUCAUUCACAGCUGAACAGGCCACACAUGGACACGUGAAGUUACAUCAUGGUUACACCAAUGUGGUGGGUUUGGGGGAUUCGAGUACAUGGAAGUUGCCUCUCCUGAAUCGAUAUGUCUACAUGUUCUUUGCUCCAUUGAUGAUACCCAUCAUCACCCCUCUGGUGGCACUUGGGCUGCUGAAAAAUGUAGAGCCCAGGAUAGCAAUUCGGACCUUGUGCCUCAUGUCACUGGGGCUACUCUCUCACUACUGGCUGCUGAUCAAAGUCUCUGGAUUCCAGUCACCCAUGUUUGCUCUUCUCUGCAUGUUUAUCACACGGGGCCUGCUGGCUCAUCCCUACCUUCAUGUCAACAUCUUCCAGCACAUCGGGUUGCCCAUGUUCUCCUUGGAUAAAAAGCCUCGGAGGAUCCAGAUGAUGAGCUUUGGAGUGCUCAACUUGCCACGAAAUCCCAUCCUGGACUGGACAUUCGGCCAUUCCCUCAUCAGCUGCCACGUGGAACAUCACCUCUUCCCCCGACUCUCUGACAACAUGUGUCUAAAGGUGAAGCCAGUGGUGUCUCAAUUCCUUCAAAAAAACCAUCUGCCAUACAAUGAGGACUCCUACCUGUCAAGAUUUGGGCUUUUUUUGAGCAAAUAUGAGGAGCUCAUGGUGCAUGCCCCUCCCAUCACUGAUCUAGUGGGGCUCCAGUGAGGAGGCUCCCUCACUGACAAGUCUCCCCAGUCCCUUUGCCCUCACCAGGGUUCUGGCUCAAGAUCCUUCUGCUUCGGCUGGGAAUAUCCUCAGACAUCACCCUAGAACCUAAGCCUGCCUCUCUCUGUUCCCUGGAGCUCUGGGUAGACUGAGGAAGAGCUCCUUUAGAAUGGAUAAUAAUGUCUCCUUUUUUAACCCUUCCAUCUUGGGAUGGGAGGGAUGGGUAUUGAAUAGGAAGCACAUCCAGCAGGGUGCCUCCCCCAGAGUUCAAGUGGGUAUGUGCUCAAGAGGCCUAUGGAACAUGUUAAUCCCUUUGCACUUGGAGAUAGAGUAGGCAGCAAGAGGGGUGAUCUGCUCUUUUGGGAAUGGUGUAUUCUUCUCCACGAUGCUUUAGACAGUCUUCAACUUAGGACAAAUCAGCUUGAUCCUCGUCUUCCCUUCUGACUGAAUGUGAAAUGCUCAUGAGGGGUGUAGGCUUUGCUGAGACAUCUGGAAAGAAAGGACAACAAAGGAAGGUUCUGGCCUGUGGGUUACCAAGAAACCCUUCCCACAGUAGUCGGAGUCCACUUCAAGGCUGUAACUGCCACUACACUGUGGGAAGCCCAGCUUAAGCAAGCAAGCAAGAAUCAGCCCAAGAAGCUGGCUCAGCAUUUUCUGUGCCUCACAGUAUCUUUCUAGAAUCUGGGUAGGAUUAGAAGGCAAAAGAGAUCCAGAUUAAGCACUUUCCCCAAGAUGGACAACAGGGAUAGAUACUUAGAGCUGGUAAGCCUUAAGUAUAAAUUCUUAAAUCUUAAAAAGUAUGGUAUGAUUUACUCUAGGAUUUCAAUUGAAAUAAUUUAAAAAUAAAUUACAGGAUAGAGCAGGGAAUUCUAAAUAUUCAAUUGAGGGAUGAGGAAUGGAUGCUAAGGUUUGGGGGAAGAACUCAGGAAUUCAGCGUUAGGUUUAGGGAAACUCUUUUGGAAGAGGAGAAUACUACUCUUUAGGGUGAUUUGCUGUGACACAUUUGGUCUCAGAAGUUAUCUACAAGAAGACUCCACUCCUCUCUCUUAUAGAGGUGGGGAAGAGGGCUGGGGCAGCAUUUUCAGGCAAAAUGGAAAUGAGAGUUUUCAGAUGUGAUGUGUCUGUGUUAUUAUUGUUUAGCCAGCAAGGGGAUGUAAGGGAGCGAGAUCCUUGGAAGAGGGAAAGGGGAGUUGGAAUCAUAUCUCAGAUCCUUACUCUGUACAAGACGGUACCACACCGGCAAAAUGGAGACAAUAAUAGCAACCUGUCCCAGGCGCUGUGAAGAUCAACUGAAGGAACAUGCGCAAAGCACUCUCUAAAUCUUAAAGCGCUACAUACACGUUAACAAUUACUAUUGGUCUCAACAUGGGUUUGUAGAUGGAUCAGAAGCCUUGAGAACUGAGGCAAGUUAAUUACGUAGCUAAUCUUCCAAAUAAAGAAUGGACAGUAGGGAAAGGUCAAAGUUAGAGGGUCCUGGCUAAUGAUUAAAACCAUCCCAUAAUAUGA